AUGUCCCCUCGCCGUCGCCGUCAUUGCUGUUCCCGUGGGUGUCGCGUGUUGCCUUCGACUCGCCGUCGCUGUCCCCUCGCCGUCGCCGUCGCUGUCGCUGCUGAUCCCGUGGGUGUCGCGCGUUGCCUUCGCCUCGCCGUCGCUGUCCCCUCGCCGUCGCCGCCGUUGCCACCCGCUGCUGCAGCUGCCGAUCGUCGCCACUCCAGGUUAUGGAAUAUGCCUCGAAGAGCAGUAUCAUCUAGAGGUAGAGGACAUAGCCAGCAACUCUCUACGAAUGAAACAGAUGAGCCAGUACAGAUGCAAGAGGAAACACUGGAGCACACUCCAGCAGCAUUAGGGGGACAAGCAAACGCAUCAUCAUCAUCAUCAGUUCGAACUAGAGGUCCGAACUUGGGACAUCCUAUCCCAUCAAACCCGUCUGAUCGGCAAUUGAUCAGAUUGAAAGGAAAUAGUCGAUAUGUAUGGGAUGAGAGUGAAGAAGAUAUGAUUCGAACUGCUUGGGAAAAGGUAGGAAAAGAAAGAUUGCGAGACAUUCUUAAUAGAGUUAGGAGUGAAUUGUUGCGUAAGCACAAGAAGACAGAUGUUGCUUAUCUAUACAAUUUAGGACCAGAUUGGAUGGAGGCAGAGAUAUGGAAUGCACUUGUUGCAUAUUGGAGUACACCAGAGUGGAGAAAGAAAUCAGAAGCUGGUAAAGCAAAUAGAAACGUAGAAAAAGAUGGGACUAUUACGAAACACUCUUGUGGUUCAAUAAAACUAGAGGUUCAUGAGAAUAGAUUGGCAAAGAAGUUAGGUAGGCAACCAACUCAACUUGAACUAUUUCGUGCCACUCACACAAAAAAGGGGAGUCAAGGUGUUUUCAUUGAUGGAAAAUCACAACGAGUUGAUGGAGCUUAUUUGACUGCCAUUGCUGAAAAUGUGAAUGACAAUUGUGAUAGUCAGUCUGCUUUUGAUUUGAAUAAGUGGAUGGAAAUUUCUGGAAGUAGUAAAGGGAGGGUUUAUGGUUUUGGAUCUUCUGAUAUUGCAAAAUCUGGAACUCCAACUACCUCUUUCUCAUGCACAUCAGCUCAUCCUGGAGGACCUUCUCAAACUAUGUUUUCUUUAGAGGAGGUUGAACAAAUAUUAGAGCAAAACCGGGUCAAAAUAAAAUAAGACAUGGAGCAAAUGCA